UACUGCCCUUUUACUGGGAAUAAAGAGAUGCUUUAAACUAGGGGUAGCACCAGUACCAGGGGAGCUAAGGACCAGAACAUGUUUGUCACUAUCCUGUUUGGAGACAGCAGGAUGGAGAUGCUCAAUCUCAACUGUAAGCUUAUAAACUUCAUCCAUCAUUUAAAGGAGCGCUGUGGUAUGGACACAAAAGAGUGUGUGGACCUGGUGGACAGCAGUGGUACAGUGAUGAACCUGGAGGCAAUGCAGUACAGUGAGGCUCUAGCCAGCAGUGUGCUGGUAGAGAGACAGUACUACGUCCUCCUACAAGUCUGCCAUGAUGAUACUGGAGGUCGAAAAUAUGUGUCUCUCCUAAACAACUAUAGUCAAAGUCAUCCUGAGUUAGCAGAGCUGCUGAGGAAACUGUCAAACCCUGAGAAAGAGCGAGACAGAAAAAUCAGCAGAGAAUGGGCCCAGAGGAGCAGCCCCGGUAGCCAAACCAGGCGCAAGAAGGACCACCAAAUCAAAUCGUUUCUACACAAGUCAUGACAGACCUUUAAGUCAUGUCUCAUUAUUUUAUUCUGACAGAGGGAAGCAUCUGUUUUAUCAUGGCUUUAAUCUCACUGUAGCACAGAGAAAUGCUUUAACCACAGAGGUUUUCAAACAGCUGCCACAUAGAAAUCGCAAAGGCGAUGCGAUCGUCGGAUUGUUGCUGUGGACAUGAUUUCUCAGAGAAAUCUGAUCAGAUCAGAAAAUCAAAAACUAAUAAUAUGAAAAUAUAUAAAAUGACUAAAUCUGUUAAAAAUUGUACUUAGGUACAUAUUAGCUGUAAAUACAUAAGUAAAUGAACUAAAUAUAGAUACAGUUAAAGUAUAAAGUUUCCAUAAUGAAAAAAAUUCCAUCAAGUUCUAGAUGUACUACUGUGGCAUUAUGUAUGACAGUGUGUUAUUCUGUAUGUUGGGACACAUGCUUGAUUUCCUCACCUGGCAGCUAACAAUAGACGCAUCAGUGAAAAGAUGCUCUCUCUAUAUAUUUAAUAAUUGGAUGUCUAUAGGUAAAUGAUUAUAAGGUGAAGCAGAAUGUAUAAAGUAGAUGAAAUAAGAAAAACUAGAAUUUAACAAUGAUAAAAUAAUCUGUUAACACGUGGCAUACAUUACAAAAUGAGGAUAUGUAAAGACAUGCAUCCAGGCACAAGGUAAAUUUGUGAUGGUACAUCCUUGGGUAUUGAAUGUUCUGUAGUUUGUUGCAUUAUCCUUGACAUUUUGCAGAUAUGUUGAACGUGGGUCCCCUCUCUCAUCAUGUCCAAUAAACAAAACUGAUCUAAAAGA